GAGUUUUUAAGCGAUGGCCACGUAAGUCAAAAUAAGUUAGUUGACAAUCAUUUUAAGUGGCUCAUGGGGAAAGCAGCAAAACAGCUAAAGGAUAUUUCCAAAGAUGAAAAGAAAGAGGCUCUUUUUCUCAAUGGCCUCACUCUUGCCAAUAUAAUGGAUGUUGGUGUUAACAAGGCCCUCUAUGAUUUCCUCCCUAUUAUGCUCUCCUUUUGCCGCAGUCAUUUGCGCCUUGUUUUUUUCUCUUUAGAGCGGGAUGGUCCUAAGCUUAAUGAAGUACCAGAUUUGUCAGCUGAUCACUAUAGCAGAAGAAGUGACAACCGUUUAGCUUUGACAAUGAGGUCACGACUUAAUUGCAUUCUUCACUUUGCAACACUUGGCCACAAUCCAAAACAGAAGGAAGAUGAUAGUAAAAGAACAUUUGUUGUUGCUUCUAGUAAUAGCCAAUCUGUUGUUGCUGGUUCUUCUUCGCAGCUCCAUAAAGCCGCUACUGAUAAAAUACAAGAAGAAGCAGAAAAGCUAAAUAUUAAGAAAUUUGUUUCAAACGUUGCACUUGUUUCGAUUAAUGAUGCUGAUUCAUUGAAAGGUGCAAAAAAGAAAAUUACAGAAUUUAUUAUGAAAGACCAAAUUUUUCAAAAAACUCUUCCACUUAAAUGGAUUUUCCUACGGAGCCUUGUCAUUUCCGCACAACAAAAAGAAGGGGACAUGAAAACAAUGAUAUUAAGAAAAAUCGAUAUUUACGAUGCUGCUGCCAAGGAGAUAGGGAUGGAUGAAGAAGAGUUUGAGAGCUUUCUUGUCACUUUUACUGAUUUUGGUAGCAUCCUUUAUAUGCCACAGUUUAGAGCUUUGAGAGACAUUGUAGUCGUUGAUAUAUGGGAGUUUGUGCGAUUUUUAAAUGAGCUUAUUUAUCCAAAAGAAGAAAAGAAAUGGUACAAAGAUUUGACCACUUAUGGAAUCAUCAAGAUUUCAGAUGCAUCAGAAAUUUUGAAAAAGUACGUAAACAUUUUUAUGAAAAUUAUCAUCACUUUUGGAAUGGCAGCUUUUAUUAAUAAAGAAAAGGCUUAUUUGAACAAACGUCUUUUGACUGAAGUGGGUUACUAUUUACCUUCUGCCAGAAUUAAUAAAAGAUCUCCUCCACCUGAUCAUAACAACGACUAUGCUUUUCUUAAAAUUGAAGGUGCUAAUUUUCCUGCUAACAUUCAAGCAAGUAUCAGUCACGAGAUACUGAAAAAGCCAAAUUUUCAUCUCAUUGGAAAUGAAAGUUUUGACACAUCACAGUUUGGAUAUCAAACUCCAAGUGGUCGUCCAAUUCAAAUUACAAUGGUGUAUGGAGGAAGCCAAACAAAGCUCAUAUUUCAAAUAAAAGAUGCCUUUACUGGUAUGCAUCACUGUGUGCAAGCUUGCAAAGGCAUCAUUGAAGCUUGUUGCGACAGUCUCAAUAGAAUGGCCAACCAGAUUCGAUAUUUGAAGUAUUUCAUUGGUAUUCCAUGCUCUGCUGUCAAUGAUGCCAGUCAUUAUGUCUAUUUCAAUGAUGAUUCUGAUUUAUGCCAGGCUUGUAAACGCCGCACUAGUCAUGACACUUUUUUCUGCCGUAAUUGCUGGAUUUCAGCAGCAAAAAUGUGCAAUAAGUUAAGAAAAGAGGAAGAUCAUCAUCUCACAUUUUCAGACCUUUCACAAGUCGUGCAAGAUGUAGCAGAGAAAAACAUGAUCUCUAUGCUAAGAAAGAAGCUUAAUGUAGAUAUACACAAGGCUACAAAAAGUUACCAAGAAGAUCGCCAGCUAAUGGAAGCACUGAUGAAGUGGGAGACCAAGCAAAGCAGUCCCAGGCACUCUUUGAUUAAAAUAUUGCACGAAAUGCAACUGAACCAUACUGCUGAUAAGCUAAAACUACAUGUACCUAUUACCUCUCCCUGAAAACUUUUAUUUUUGUGCUGUACAAGAGUUACUUAAAUAUUGACUAAAAC